AUGACAAACCCGCGCCCUUGGACACCUCCCCUCCUCCUCCGCAUCCGCUUCACAACCUCCCUCCCAGACCUCGACCUCGACAUCCCCUCCCCUUCCCAAACAACAGUCGCCGCUCUCAAGCACCUCAUCCGCGGCCGCCUCGCACAACCCGACUCCCAGCGCCGCCUCCGCUUCAUCCACCAGGGCAAGAUCCUCCCCGACGCCUCGGCCCUCAGCUCCGUCCUGCGCCCGCUGCCCCCUCCUCCUCCCCCGUCAUCCUCGAACCCGACGUCGACGCCGUCCACACCCGGCGCAAGCAGCGGCUUCGAUGACCCCAAGGGCAAAGGCAAGGCCAAGGCCAACGAGACGGCGCUGCCGCAGAGGGUCUACGUGAACUGCAGCAUUGGCGACAGUCUCACCGACGAAGAACUCGCCGCCGAAGCCGAGGCAGCUCUACGCGCGCCAUCGGAGCGGGGUGCGACGACGCCUUCCGGGGCAGGAGACGGGCAGCAUGGCGGUCACGGUCACGGUCACGACGGUGUCGCAUACGGCUCCCAAGCCCACCACCAUCAGCAGCAGCGCCCGACGCCAAGGGGCUUCGACAGGCUCCUCAACGCAGGCUUCACGGCGGCCGAAGUAAACCAGCUGCGCCUCCAGUUUCGCGACAUACGCGCGACGCAGUAUACCCCCGACACCAUGCCCAGCCCGGACACGAUGCGCUCGCUCGAGGACACUUGGAUAGAUACCAACGCCGGCGGCGCGUUACCCGGCAGCGGGACAGGCGCAGGAGGGGACGGAGCCGACGGAGGAGCGGGUGGCGGCGGCGGUGAUGAUGCGUUUGGGGUCAUGAGCGGUAUACUCGACGUCCUCAUCGAGGGUCUUAUUGUAGGCUUCUUCUGGCCAUUGGGGUGUCUGGGGUGGCUCUCGCGGGAGGAAAAUAUGCUCUCUGGCCGGUGGCAUGACUUUAUCGGGUUCGGUGUGACAUUGAGUAUCAUCAUUGGCGUCAUCAGGGCCUUCUCGGGCGAUCGAUAA